AUGACGAGCCGUCCGACCGUUACCAUCCACGGCGCCGAUGGCGACCCAAGCAAUGACACGCACCCACUCCCGAGCGUCUUCAAGGCGCCAAUCCGUCCAGACAUCGUCCAGGCUGUUCACACCGGCAUGGCGAAGAACAAGAGGCAGCCGUAUGCGGUGAGCGAGAAGGCGGGUCACCAGACGAGCGCUGAGUCUUGGGGUACCGGCCGCGCUGUCGCCCGUAUUCCGCGUGUCUCUGGUGGCGGUACUCACCGUGCCGGUCAAGCAGCCUUCGGCAACCAGUGUCGCUCCGGCCGCAUGUUCGCACCAACCAAGGUCUGGCGCAAGUGGCACCAGAAGAUCAACCUCGGCCAGAAGCGCUUCGCGACUGCAUCUGCCAUCGCCGCCUCUUCCUCUGCUGCUCUUCUGCUCGCCCGUGGCCACCACAUCUCGACCAUCCCAGAAGUCCCACUCGUCAUCUCCAGCAAGGCGUUCGAGGCCGGCGCGCUUCGCAAGACUUCCGCCGCCGUCAAGAUGCUUCACGAGGUGGGUGCCGGUCCCGACGUCGACAAGGUGAAGGCUUCGCGCAAGCUGCGUGCGGGCAAGGGCAAGCUCAGGGGCAGGAGGCACAAGCAGCGUCGCGGUCCGCUCGUUGUCUACGACCCGACCAAGGACGGCAAGGAGAUGUCGCUCGCUUUCCGCAACAUCCCCGGUGUGGAGACCUGCUCCGUCUACGCGCUGAACCUCCUUCAGCUCGCGCCGGGUGGUCACCUUGGCCGCUUCGUUAUCUGGACCUCCUCGGCCUUUGCCGCCCUUGACAGCAUAUACGGCAGCACUACCGAACCAAGCGAGCUCAAGCGCGACUUCCUCCUCCCAUCCAACCUUGUCGCCCAGCCAGACAUCACCAAGCUCAUCAACAGCUCGGAAGUGCAGAGCGUGCUGCGCCCGGUCAAGGGUGGUGCGGUCACGAAGCGUGGGAACGUGCAGAAGAAGAACCCGCUCCGCAACAAGCAGGUGCUGCUGCGUCUCAACCCGUACGCUGCCGUCUACUCGAAGGAGGGUCUGGGGCACUCGAAGGUGAAGAGUGAGAAGCCGGGUGCGCUGGAUGAGGUGUUCGAGAAGACUUUGAUGGAGAACUGA